AUUUCUAGUGCCUUUGAAACAGACAGUGGAGAAUACUGGUGUGAAGCUGAAGGAGGAGAGAGAAGCAACACCGUCAACAUCACUGUCACUGACAGUCGUCCGACAGGCAUCAUGGAGAUCACAUCUCUCUGCAUCAGACUGUGUUGAUGAAGGUGAAGUUUCUGCAGCUUCAGCCUGAACUUCAUUCUCCCUCUGGUUGUUGGUGUUGAUCGGCCCUGAAGAUGGUCCAGUGGUGAAGGACUCCGACCAGUGACGUGGAGACAUGGGAUCGAAAGGGAACUUGGAUGCUCUGAGGUACGUCACUCAGGUGUGUGUGUGUGUGUGUGUGUGUGUGUGUGUGAUUAAUGUGUGUGUCACUUCAUUUCUUGGCUCCAAACAACAAACACUAAAAUUUUCAAUCAUAAUUUUGCUUCUAUUUCAACUCUGGUCUCAACUUUGAAGGCUGGGUUCAACUUGAACAACAACUUAAGCCUUGACACUGCGCCAAACACUAAAAAUGUCAACUGUUGUGAUUUUGUUUCAAUUUCAUCUUCUAAAUUUCUGAAAUUCCACCGUCGACCUAUGAGCAGAGGACAGAGAAAAAGGUAAGUUCAUGUCAGCCCAAGUGUGUCCAGCUAGCUAGCUAAGCAAGCCAGCUAGCUUGACGGGCUUUUGGCUGACUUUGUUAUCACUUUACAUUAUCUGCAGGCUCUUUAACCACUCUGCAGGUGAUAGAGGAGCUGGUCAUGUGACCUUCAACUGCAUAUCACAGAAUUAUACAGUAGUCUGCCUUAAACCGACGAUCGGCCCUUGGACAGCCUGAGUCCACCACUGAUGGCUCAAACCUGUCAUUACAUGAACAAUAGAAUAAACGACACAGGAAGAGGUCGCGACCUACAUUGUAUUUAUCUGUAUUUCCGUCUGAUGCUAAGACAGUCGGCAGAAAGGCAUCAUGGAGGUCACAUCUCUCUGCAUUAGACUGUUGUUGAAUGUGUUGUUGCUGCUGGCUGCACAUGGUCACCACAGUUAUGCUAAGAAAGGCGAUGCAGCUUUUCUUUCGAUCAUUCCAACCAGACUGCAGUUCUUUGAAUAUGAGUCGCUCUUUUUUACCUGUGAGGGGUUUACCGGCUCAGCUAAAUGGAGAGGGGUGAGGAACAUCAAGGAAUACAUCCCGACGUGUUCUAAUAGCACAGUGACCUCAACGGUAACCUGCGCCAUAUCCAGUGCCUUGGAAACAGACAGUGGAGAAUACUGGUGUGAAGCUGAAGGAGGAGAGAGAAGCAACACUGUCAACAUCACUGUCACUGCUGGUUCUGUGAUCCUGGAGAGUCCUGCUCUCCCUGUGAUGGAGGGAGACGCUGUGACUCUGCACUGCAGGAACAAUACGUCGUCCACCAACCUUCCAGCUGUGUUCUCUAAAGAUGGCCUCUUCAUUGGGAGCAGCUCUGUGGGUAAAAUAACAAUCCACAGUGUCUACAAGUCUCACGAAGGACUUUACAAGUGUAACAUCUCUGGAGUUGGAGAAUCAGCAGAAAGCUGGCUGGCUGUCAGAGCGCUUCACAAAGAGACUUUAAGGAUUGUUUUAACCGCAGUGAUGGUAGCUCUGUUGCUGCUGCUGCUGGUUGGACUGCUGAACGGUGGGAAACUCAGUCACACCACAUGUCCCACAUAAAUAAGGAACCACUUGCGUAAGUGAGGGACACAAAUAUACUGUUGUUUUACUUUUACUUGUAGAGAGUGUGUGUUUACUGUCCUGUCUCCUAAAUGGUGGAACAAACUCCCCAUUGACAUCAGGACAGCUGAAAGUGUACACAUCAUCCGCUGCAGGUUAAAAACAGAUCUUUUCCGACUGCACCUUGGCUAAGAAGAUGAAAAAAAAUAAAAGAUUGCACUUACAUGUUGCACUUUGUAAUGUGGCUUGUUGAAGCUAAUGUACUUCUUCUAUGUGAUUAUUGCUGUUCAGAGUUUGUACCU